GCUCGCAGAGCGUCCUGGGCUGGGUGGGGAGAGCCCCCAGGAGCCCAUGUCGCUCUUCGGCGCGUCGUCCGAUGAGCGAAAUCCCAUCGCGGCCGCGUUCGGCUUCCCCGGCGCCUACUGGUGGGAGGACGACUACCAGACGCGUAGCGCGGCGAAGAAGGGCCCGCACCGCUACGCGUCCUUCGACGCGAGCCGCGAGGACCCCCUGAGCGCCGCGAGCGAGGCGGACCUGCUCGCGGCGAGCGCCGGCGGCGCGCGCGUCGCCGGGGACCUCGGCAUCGCGUCGGGCCGCGCGAACGAGGGCUACGUGCGGGGCGAGGUCGCGCGCGCGAACGCGACCGAGAAGCGCGGGUCCUGGUUCGCCGGCGUCGCGAGCCCCUUCGGGCGGAAGGCGCGCGACGGCGGCGCGGCGGCUUCGUCGGACGCGGCGCGGUCGUCCGCGGCGUCGAGCCGCGCGGCGGCGCCGGCGGUCCCCGCCGUGCCGCCGUUGGGGCCGGCGGACUUCAAGCCGCGGAGGCAUCUCGGGCGGGGCCGCUUCGGCGAGGUGCUCCUGACGACGCACGUCGCGUCGGGCGGCACGUUCGCGAUGAAGGUGCUCCACAAGAAGCUGCUCUACAACUCGAAGCUGCGGGAGCGCGCGCGCAACGAGCGCAUGAUCAACGGCCAGCUCGGCGCCCACCCCUUCGUGGUCAAGAUGCGCUACGCGUUCGUCACGCCCAAGUGCCUGUGUCUCGUGCUGGAGCUCGCGCCGUGCGGCGAGCUCUUCCAAUUGAUCACGAACCACGACAGCGGGUCCUUCACGGGCAAGACCUUCGGGCGCAAGUUCCCGGAGCAGGCCGCGCGCUUCUACGUGGCCGAGUCGCUGCUGGCCCUCGAGUUCCUCCACGGCAACGACGUGCUCUACCGCGAUCUGAAGCCCGAGAACGUGCUCAUCAACGCGGACGGCCACGUGACCAUCUCCGACUUUGGCCUCUCGAAGCCGGGCGUCCACGACCCCCUCAAGGGCGCGCGGUCCAUGUGCGGCACGCCCGAGUACCUCGCGCCGGAGAUCCUCCGCGGCACGCACGAGCACGGCCUGGCCGCGGACUGGUGGACGACGGGCUGCCUCCUCUACGAGCUCCUCGGGGGCCAGCCGCCCUGGUACACGUCGCCCUCGAAAGACCGGGACCGCAAGAAGCUCUUCGAGCGCAUCACGACGGCGCCGCUGAAGAUGCCCCGCGGCGUGAAGCCGCGGCUCUCCAAGGACGGCGAGCACCUCCUCCGGGGCCUCCUCCACAAGGACAACGCCGUGCGCCUCGGCACGGACCUCGGCGCCGCCGCGCUCAAGACCCACAAGUUCUUCGCCAUGGUCGACUUCGACGCGCUCCUCGCGAAGCAGGUCGAGCCGCCGUUCUCGCCGAGGACGCUCGUCUCCGGCGACGACGUCGGCGCGGACGAGGCCGUCGCCUGGGACGACAUCCAGCCCGAGGCGUCCGCCACGGUCCACAAGAUGGACAUCCCGGACCACCGCUUCAACGAGAUCUUCGCCAAGUUCGAGUACCGCUCCAAGGCCUAGGCCGCGGCCGCGCCGGUCGCGGCGCCGUCGUCGCCGGCGCGCUCUAACAGCGUCCGGGCU